GUGUAUUCAGAGCAAUGAUCUGCCCACACCUCCAAAUUUGUACCCAAGAACACAGAAUACCUUUAUCAUCUUUCAUGUGCGUAAUUCAUCUGUCUUUUAGCAGCAGCAGCAACUUCUCCGAAAAACAGUAAAAGUCCAUUUUUAUUUCACCACUUUAAUUCUUAUCCGUUUUUUAGCUUUGAGCCUUCGAAAAGUAAAGCUACUUUGACCUCUUUGUACCCAUUCUUCGUUGGGUUCGGUCUUAGAUAGUCUGUUUAUCAUGCGUGUGAUGUGCGUUAAAAGUCGAAACUAUCACUGAUUGCUGCAGGUUUACCAGCUGUUUAAAGAUUGAAGGGCUUUGUGGAUUGAAACUGCGUUUUGGGGGUGGCUUUUAGGUUAUUCAGUGCCCAAAUCAGCAUUUAUGGUAUCCUUCGACAUGACAGAUAUUUGAUGAUUUCCAGCUUGGGAUUUUUUUUGAUGAGAUGCAGUAUAGAGGGAAGGUAACUGAUUUGUUACAAAUUUCAGUGUUUUAAAGUUGCACGGAAACAGAGAAGUUGUGAUCGAUUGGAACACUGAAUCUGCUGCUGCUGAAGAUAAUAAAGGGGGAGAUUUGGUUAAUGUUUGUGUGAGCAACAAUGGAGAAAUGUCAUGGUGAGGAUUGGAGAAAGAUGGUGAGAAGGAUGCUUCCUCCAGGGGCUCCUCUCCCAGAAGAGGGAGCUAAUCUGGAAUACUCUAUAGCUAUGGAGUACAGAGGUCCUCCAAUAUUGUAUGACCUUCCAAAGAUAGAGCCCAUUGGUGUGAAUAGUGAUGCAAUUCCAACAGCAUCAGAAGCAGAACCUCUCUCAGAAUCAAGAAGAUCAAUGACCCACGAUGUCAUAGUUGACCAGAUACCUAUACCAGUCUCGUGCAUUGCCGAUGUCACCAGCCCGCCCAGUCAGAGUCCUCCCAGGGUGUCAAGAAGCUCAGAGUCCCAGGUAUCUGUCCUGAGUCCUGGAUCUUCUUCUGGUUCUCCGUCUGCAUCACCUGCUUCUGCACAAAACCUUCCGGAAGACUCUCCUAGACAGGCUCUCAAUGAGGGGAAGAGAGCCGCUGUCGUGACAUUCAAUACAGUUGAUAGAUCCGUUAAGAAAAUGGAGGAUCAAGCUUUUCAUGAGUAUGUUGGCGUUUCCAAAGAAAUGAAAAAGAGAAAGAAAACAAGACUGUGUUGCAGGUGUGGAAAAGGAAAAUGGGAAACCAAGGAGUCGUGUUUGGUUUGUGAUGCAAAAUAUUGCAGCAAUUGUGUGCUUAGAGCUAUGGGGUCUAUGCCAGAGGGGAGAAAAUGUGUUACUUGCAUUGGUGAGCCAAUUGAUGAAUCCAAACGGUCCAAGCUGGGGAAACACUCUAGGGUGUUGUCACGUUUGCUUAAUCCUUUGGAAGUUAAGCAAAUAAUGAAAGCUGAGAAAGAAUGUGCUGCUAAUCAGCUUAGGCCAGAGCAGCUGAUUGUCAAUGGAUUCCCCUUGAAACCAGAAGAGAUGGCAGAACUGUUAGGAUGCCCUUUACCUCCUCGAAAGUUGAAGCCCGGCAGAUAUUGGUAUGACAAAGAGUCUGGUCUUUGGGGAAAGGAGGGAGAAAAACCUGACAGAAUAGUGUGCUCAAACCUAAGCUUCACUGGGAAACUAAGCCCUCAUGCAAGCAACGGGAACACUCAGGUCUUCAUGAAUGGCCGGGAGAUAACAAAACGUGAACUGAGAGUACUAACGCUUGCAAAUGUGCAAUGUCCCCGUGACACCCACUUUUGGGUGUAUGAUGAUGGCCGCUAUGAGGAGGAAGGACAGAAUAAUAUCAGAGGAAAUAUAUGGGAAAAGGCAUCAACACGGUUCCUCUGCACAUUGCUUCAUCUGCCUGUACCCAAUGGCCAGCCACAUAGUCAAAGGGAUGAACCAAGCACAUAUACUGCUAUUCCAAACUAUUUGGAGCAGAAAAGAGUUCAAAAACUUCUUUUACUUGGACUGGAAGGCUCUGGAACCAGCACCAUAUUCAAACAGGCCAAAUAUUUGUACGGGAACAAGUUUACUGCUGAAGAGAUACAGGAUAUUAAGCUCAUGAUUCAGAGCAAUAUAUACAAGUAUCUUAGCAUUCUUCUCGAUGGACGCGAGCGAUUUGAGGAAGAGGCCUUGUCAAAACUAAACGAAGGGGGAGUUUACUCUGGUGAAUGCAACCAGUGUGUCUAUUCUCUAAACCCAAAGCUGAAGAAGUUUUCUGACUGGCUCUUAGAUAUCAUAGCCACUGGAGAUUUAGAUGCUUUCUUCCCCGCAGCAACUCGUGAAUAUGCUCCUCUAGUUGAAGAGGUGUGGAAGGAUCCAGCUAUACAGGAAACAUACAAGAGGAAAGAUGAACUUCCCUUCCUUCCAGAUGUGACAGAUUACUUCUUAAGCAAGGCUGUUGAGGUAUCAAGCAAUGAGUAUGAACCUACAGAGCGUGACGUACUGUAUGCUGAAGGUGUUACUCAGGGAAAUGGUUUGGCCUUCAUGGAAUUCUCAUUGGAUGACCGUAGUCCGAUGUCCGAAACCUAUACAGACAAUCUGGAAUCUCUUCCACCACCUCUGACUAGGUACCAGCUUAUAAGGCUAAAUGCCAAGGGAAUGAACGAAGGACGCAAAUGGGUAGAGAUGUUUGAAGAUGUACGCGUGGUUAUCUUCUGUGUUGCUCUGAGUGAUUAUGAUCAGGUAUGGGUUGCCCCAGAUGACAGUGGUAGUGGAGUGCUAAUCCAAAACAAAAUGAUGCAAAGCAAGGAACUAUUUGAAGCAAUGGUACAACACCCUUGUUUCAAAGACACCCCUUUUGUGUUAAUAUUGAAUAAGUAUGACCUAUUCGAGGAGAAGAUGAAUCGGGCACCAUUAGGUGCUUGCGAGUGGUUUGUCGAUUUUAGCCCUGUGCGUACCAGUAACAACAAUCAAGCACUAGCACAACAAGCCUACUACUACGUGGCGAUGAAGUUCAAAGACCUUUAUGCUUCCCUCACUGAUAGAAAGCUCUUUGUUUGGCAAUCGCGAGCGAGAGAGAGGGUGACAGUGGAUGAAGCAUUCAAGUAUAUUAGGGAGGUGGUAAAAUGGGACGAGGAGAAGGAGGAUAAUUAUAUCGGCGGGAUCGAUGAUUCAUUUUACAGCACAACCGAUGUCAGCUCAUCUCCAUUCAGGCAAGAGUGAAGAAGUAACCGGUGUAUUUUUCUAGUUGGAUUGUAUAUAAGGAUAAGGAAGAGGUGGUGUAGAGAUAAUAAUGAAGUCACCCGUCUCCGAGCUCUUUCACCUUCAAAUUCUGAAUGUAGUUACCGUUGAUGUUUGUGAUUGAGCAUUUGUUUGGGUCCAGAAGCAUAUUAAGCUUGUAACAUGCAAAGUAUUUUCUUAAGACUUUGGUGAAAGUUUGGAGCUUUCACAACCAGAACUCGUGGGAUGUUUCGAUUUCAUCUGUUAGUGUACCAGGAAAGAUAGUUGUGUACCGGCUGCAUUUUUUCUGAGAAAAGCAGGAGAAAUUGUAUAUUUACACUAUUAUUCAAAUAUUCUUUGUAACCAUUUUAUUGUUUAAAGCUUUGCAUGCAUAAGUAGAUUAUUUAUUGAAAAUAUUCUGUUUUCCA